ACAGAGUCGGUGGCUUCUUCCGGAACGAGGCCGGAAGUUGGUUUCGGCUGCAGAGGCGAAGGCGGCUACCAGUGUAAAGCCAGAGCUGAGGUUCUUGAUAGUCCACAAUGGGUGAACCACAGCAAGUGAGUGCACUCCCACCACCUCCAAUGCAAUAUAUCAAAGAAUAUACAGAUGAAAAUAUUCAAGAAGGCUUAGCUCCCAAGCCUCCCCCUCCAAUAAAAGACAGUUAUAUGAUGUUUGGCAAUCAGUUCCAAUGUGAUGAUCUUAUCAUCCGCCCUUUGGAAAGUCAGGGCAUCGAACGGCUUCAUCCUAUGCAGUUUGAUCACAAGAAAGAACUGAGAAAACUUAAUAUGUCUAUCCUUAUUAAUUUCUUGGACCUUUUAGAUAUAUUAAUAAGAAGCCCUGGGAGUAUAAAACGAGAAGAGAAACUAGAAGAUCUUAAGCUGCUUUUUGUACAUGUGCAUCAUCUUAUAAAUGAAUACCGACCCCACCAAGCAAGAGAGACCUUGAGAGUCAUGAUGGAGGUCCAGAAACGUCAACGGCUUGAAACAGCUGAGAGGUUUCAAAAGCACCUGGAACGAGUAAUUGAAAUGAUUCAGAAUUGCUUGGCUUCUUUGCCUGAUGAUUUGCCUCAUUCAGAAGCAGGAAUGAGAGUAAAAACUGAACCAAUGGAUGCUGAUGAUAGCAACAAUUGUACUGGACAGAAUGAACAAGAAAGAGAAAAUUUAGGUCAUAGGAGAGAUCAGAUUAUAGAGAAAGAUGCUGCCUUGUGUGUCCUAAUUGAUGAAAUGAAUGAAAGACCAUGAAAGAUGUUUCUCUUUUCUUUUUUACUUUUGAUAAAUAGCAUCAUAUAUUAUUUUCUUUUGGACAGUCUUAAGAGAGGUUUCACUAAAAAUGUAAACAGCUUUAAUCUUGACUCCAAUUUUUUCAGUUAUGAGAUGUCAUAGGCAGUAAUUUUGCUGUAUAACAAGCAUAGGCAAAUGAGUACCCCUGCACUAAGAAUAAUCUCUUUAGAAAGCAAAGUGUUAGCUGCUGUUGUACAGGACAUUCCUAUGUUUUGGAGUUGCAGUAAAACUUUGAUGAUAACCUCAA